UAGGGAGUGAGGAGAGGAAGGCACGGGGGGAAAGGCGGUGCAGAUGGCGACGCCGGUGCCUGAGGUGGGACCGGCGCCCGAGGGACGGGACCGAGAGCCGGCCAGUCAGGCAGGACUGGCCGCCUCCAAGAUGGACAACUUCUGAAUCCCGCGAAGAGUUCAUUCUAGGGUCCCUGACGCUAAGGAUUUGGCUGCUCUGUCGCUCGUAAAGAACAAGGAGGCCCCCACUUUCCCCCGAUUCCAAUGUGAGGUCUGGGAAGUAUCCCAGAGGCCGCUUAUUUCUCCCUGGAAGCCGGGAAGCUGUUGGCCACACUGUUUUCCAGUCCUCUUUGCCUGCCGUCGGGAGCCUCUGGAGUGGCUGGUGGGGAAACCUGUUGGAGAGGUCCUGGCCGUUCCCCUUCGGGGGGAUCCUACUUCUUCCGUCUAGAAAUACGGAAAUUUCCGUAUUUUCCAGUAAAUUUCCAGUUUAAGGAAAGCCCGGAAAAUGAUGAAAACCGAAGGCAAAGGGGAGAGGACUUUGCGCAGCGCUUCUCCGCACAGAAACGCUUAUAAAUCGGACUUCCAUGCCAUCAAGUGCUCUUUCGAUGGGAUUAACCCGGAGAACGCGCCGGGCAAACCGGCCGGUCAGCCCCUGAGGCUGCACCACGGUUCCUCGGGGAGUGAAGAAGAUGUCCACAGCCGAGGCAGGGCCAGCUACGGCAACCGGGUGCACAAGAUCAAGAAUAUGUUCCUGCAGAUGGGCAGCUCUGCCCCGGCGGCCGAAAGCAGCCCACCUGCCGAGACCAAGGUGAGCGGCGGCAGGGCGGUGUCGGCGGCGGAUUUCCCUCCGGCUUCUCCCACCAGCCCCACCUGCCUCAACGUCCAGAAGCACAACCUCCUCAACACCACCUGCCCCGGCGCCUCCGACCCUCUGCCCACCGAUGCCCCCCCCCGUCGCCCCUCCGGCUCCCCGCCGGACCGACUCGGUCGCGAUGAGGAGGGAGAUCUGGACAAAGCGGCCUUGGCGGAGAAGUUUUCCGAGACCCGGAAACUUUUCGAGAGGAACAUCAAGCAGCAGAACUCCGUGGACCGCUUCUCCCCGGGCCGAGGGGAAAAGGCGGGGGAGAGAAGGCGACCGGGGUCGGGCUCUCCGGACUCCACCGGCCUGGUGGAACACUUUCAUUUCAACGUCGAGCCGAGCCCCGGUGGCCCCUCGGACAAGACAGAGGGCAGCCAGGGAGGCAGGGAGGCGGAGGACGUAGUGGAGGAGCGGCAGGCCAGCCCUAAGAGCCCCCUGAGUGCAGGCCCCAUCUCCCCGAGGUUGGAAAAGGGCGGUGUGGCCAGAGGGGAGAGCCCCGAGGGCCGGGAGGUGACAACCGGACCGGACCCCGGAGGCGUCCGGGAGGAUGGGUCAGGUCCUGGCAGCCCCCCGCCCAGCCGUUCCCACGGUCCCCCUUCAGGGGAAGGAGACCCCCGCUCCGACCCCGGGACCGACGGGGUCCCAGGGCAGCCCCCCUCGUCGCCGAAACCCUGGGCGGGGGAUGCCACCGUGGGCAUCUUGCCGGGCCAGGGGGAGGCCCCUCCCCGGGGGGAACCAGCCCCCCGGGACCACGAGGGUCCCCCGGGGGAAGGAGACACCGAGGAGGAGGAGGAAGAAGGAGGAGGGAGAGAACAGAGGGAGAAGAGGAACUCGUCCGGCCCCUCUUCGGGCCCCGCCGCUUUCGGAAUAGAGAACGCAGGCUUUGAUGACGACCGGGAUCAGGAGCCCGAAAAUCAAGGCCCGGAGGGGAAAGAGAGCUUAGAGGAAACGGAGGAGGCAGGUACUUAUGGGAGUGACUACGAGGAGUUCCCAGGACUUUCGGAAGAGGAAGAUCCCGCGCCAGACAGAAAGGUCAAGUUCUCCACCGCUCCCAUCAAGGUUUUCAGCACCUAUUCAAAUGAAGAUUAUGACAGACGUAAUGAAGAGGUUGAUCCUGUGGCAGCAUCAGCUGAAUAUGAAUUGGAGAAAAGGGUGGAAAAAAUGGAAGUAUUCCCUGUAGAACUUGAAAAAGGAGAGAGUGGCCUAGGAAUUAGUAUCAUUGGAAUGGGUGUUGGCGCAGACCAGGGCUUGGAGAAGCUGGGAAUUUUUGUGAAAACAAUAACUGAAGGAGGAGCUGCACAGAGAGAUGGACGGAUCCAAGUAAAUGACCAAAUCGUUGAGGUCGAUGGUACAAGUUUAGUAGGAGUAACUCAGUUGUUUGCUGCCACUAUACUCAAAAAUACAAAAGGGACUGUCAGAUUUCUAAUAGGACGUGAAAAACCAGGAACACUAAGUGAAGUAGCCCGUCUCAUCAGUGAGACAUUGGAACAAGAAAGGUGCUUGUACGAGCAGCAUUAUGCCCAAGAGGAUACUGAACAGGAUGAUGACUAUGAUGAAGACGACAGCCUUGAAUCUCAUUUGCAUGCAAAAUCAGUAGAGGUGUUUUAUUUACCUGAAAACGAAGAAAUGAAUUUACCUUUGGAUAUGGAUUCCACACAGUUUCUUCUGAAGUUUAAAGAGUUACAGCUAAAACACGCAGUGACAACAGCUGAAGUAAAUCAACUGAAAGAAAGAUUGAAGGCUGCAGAAGCAGAGAAGACUGAAUGGGAGACAAGCAAGAAGCAGCUCCAACAAACCUCUGAUGACUAUAAGGAAAAAAUUAAGAAGCUUGAAACCUAUUGGUCAGAGGCUCAGAGUUUAUGCAAAACAGUAAAUGAGCAUCUUAAAGAAACCCAAGAGCAGUAUGACACCUUGGAGAAGAAAUACAAUAAAGCCAAAAAAUUACUUAAAGAUUACCAACUGAAAGAAAUCGAAUUUUUGAAAAAAGAGGAGGAUCAUAGGAAAAGUCUUGAAGAGAGAGAUCAGAAACAUGUGGAACAUUUGAAAACAUUGCAAGAAACGAUUUCAGAGCUUGAGAACAAAUUAAAAGUGUAUGAGAAAAUACCAUUAAUAUCAGGAAGCUGUACAUUGCUGGAGCCUGCCAUUCAAAGUCCAGGGCAACUGAAUGAGCACUCAGAAGCCCAAGAAGAAAAUCUAAAAGAAAUGGGAUCAGUGGAAAAGUUAGACUCUAAAGACACUUUAAUUUCAGAUUUUGAUGCAUUUGUGGGAGACACUCCUAGACUAGACACCAGUGCUCACAAAGCAAAAGCUCAGCUUGCACUCAAAGUAAAACGUCAACCACCUUCUCGAACAAAACUGAAGGAAUCCCUUGGAACAGGACAGCAGAGUAUAAAUCUGCAGGAUGAAGAUUUAGAUGAUACUACCCAGAAUAAUGAGUUUUGCAUCACACAAUCCAAGGUCUUAGAAGGAACAGAGAAGAGGUUAAUUUUGCCACAACAGCCUGAUGUAGACGAUCAAAAAAUUGAAAAGCCUGAGCAGGCAGGAAGUACAGAUAGUCUGUUGGAGUGCAGCCCGUCUGUUUCUACCCACUCUUCGCCAGUACACAAGAUAAACCAAGAUAGCAGUAAGAACCCUACUCCUGGUGAAAGUGCAAUUCAAAGCUCUUCUCCGGGAAAUUCAAAGCUUAGAGAAUCAAAAGGGAAAGGAAAAGAGACCAAAGAUGAAAAGAAAAAUGAAGAUAAAAUUGAAACAAAUGAAGGCACAUCAUCAGGAAAGUCCAAAAGAAGAUUUCCAGAUUUUGGAGGCUUACGGAAAUCUGGAGGCAGAGGGAAGAAACAAGAAAAGGAAAAUCAAAGAGCAUCUCUAGAGAGCCGAGGUUCACGAGAAAUGUUGGAUGAUUCUGGCAAUAAUCUUUCUGCAUCAGAUUCCGAUUCUCCAGUUCCUACUUGCAUGCCUUUCUCCUGGUUUGGAGACAGCCAUAAAGAAUCACAGAAUGCAAGCAGUAAUCUACAUUUUGCUCAGAGUGGACAAGAUACUGCUUCUGAACAGGGCCAAGAAAAAAUCAGAAACAAGAGUAGAGUUAUCAUAGAUGACUCAUACCAUAUCAGGCCAAGUUGUGAACUGUCAGGGUUAGUGACAGAACCAAAUCUGUCAGGGCGUUCACACACUUUAACCUUCUCUUCAAAUGAGGCACUAGAUGACGACUUUACAACCUCAGGGAAACAGAACCAGUGGCAUAGCAGACCCAUUUCUGAGUGGACAACACAACAAGUAUGUCACUGGUUGAUGGGAAUGAAUAUGGAACAGUACAUUACAGAAUUCACAGCAAAGAAUAUUGAUGGGCAACAGCUGAUGCUACUGGACAGUGACAAGUUGAAAACCCUGGGAGUUACCAGCCAAAACGAUCGAUCUUCAAUAAAGAAGAAAAUAAAGGAUAUGAAAAAAACACAAGAAAAACUGGAAAAACAAAAAGAAAAAGUUCAGAAGAAAGAAAGAGAAGUUCGGAGAGGUGGCAAGAUGAUAGCCACAGUAGAAUCUAACUGCUAAAAUAAUGAUUUUAUUCUAGUUUAGACUUACUUCAACUCAAAGAAGUGCAACAAAUUGUAAAUAAUUGUACAAUUUGAAAAUGUGCAGCCAUUUAACAUGGUAGUUUUUUUUAAUUUACUUUUUAAUUUCAAAACUUCCUCAAAGAUUAUUUUGGUUUAGAUAUUGAAUGUACCUGUGCUGAUAGAUAAUUUAACUUCAUUCUUAAGUGUUGUGUUUGCUUUAGAUUUACAAUAUAAAAAUAUCAUACUCCCUAAAGUUUCCAUUGAAAUCUCCACUGUAAAACUACUGGUCUAAUACUAUGAUUUUUUUUUUUAACUUCCACUUAAUUGGCAUUUUGGUAUUUUGCCUAGAGUAGGAAGUUGAAACCGAUACAGGGAUAUUACGAAUAUUCUGCUACUAACGAAGAGCUGUGGCAACCUGGUGUUAUCUGUUUUCACUAAUUUCAAUGUUGUGCAGUGAAAUUCAAAGAAAACAUUAAUGCCAAGUUUAUUAAAAAGGAAAAGCAUGUCACUCUUCAAACUUAAUUAAUUGAAUUCAGCAUGUUGCUCUGUUCAAAACCUAGUUCUCGCAGUGGUCCAUCUUGAAUUCAAAAUCUCAUUUUGAAAUGUGUCGAUUUUUUGAAUUCCAUUUGUUGCAUCUUAUUCAAAAAUAUUACUUGAAGUAGUUUGCACAUAAACUACUUAUGCUAAGCAUAAAAGCACUAAAUUAUCUGUAAGCUGCACUCUAUGGUGUUGGAGCAGGGUUUAAGACCUAUAAAUAAAUGAUCACCUUUAUACAUAUUUUUCUUAUAGUACAUAGUUUUAUAGUUUUAUGAGUAAGACCAGUUUUGCAAUGUGUGUUCUCUUUUCUACUCACUACAAUACAAGCUUUUGGGGACCAAAUCUAUAUUUUUGCUAAUUUUAAAUGCUGUUUUUCAGGCUUCCAAAGUACCAAGAUGAGAAUUGCAAGAAAAAUUGAUCAAUGAAAUCCUGGACUUAUGUAUUGUAUUAAAUUGUUAAAUUGUAGAUAUAGCUAUAGAUAUAGACUGUUUCUUUUAAAGGAGGAUUUGAUUCUGAGCAAAGUUUAGGUCAGGUUGCAAGAACACAUUGUGCAUUUUUGGUAAUAGCAUACAUAUUAGUAACUAGCUAGAUCAGGUUGUAAAACAUUGUGUGUUUUGGUUAAUAACAUCAUUCAUUUUCAUAACUAGCUAGAAAUGGUAAUGCAAUGGUUAAUCCUUCCCUUAAUUUAUGUGCUUAUUUUCAGGGCAGUAAUGUGAAAAGGAAAAGUGUUAAGAACCAAAUGAAAGGGGAAGUAGCAGGAUCUUGAAACUUUGAAGAUUUAGAAUAUUUCAAUUAUGUGGACCAAUUUCUCCUUUAAAUAUUUGAAUUAACUAAAUGUUUUGUUGAAUUUGUAUUAAAUGAAUAAUAAUUUCACAUCUAA